UACUAUACAAACAAAGUAAGAGGCGGAGAGCUACUGUACAGACAUAGCGAGAGAGAGGGGUGGAGAGAGAAUAACCUCAGUUGUAAAAGAGAAGCUUCAGUGAGAAGGAGAAAGCGAGGAAGUAGACACUGCAGAGAAAAAGAGAGAGGGCAAUAAAUACAGAGCAGCCCUGUGGGGACCCAGAGGUAAACUGACCCUGACAGAGCGCUCGCUGCGCAGCAUCCCACUGGUGAUCGGAGCCAGCCCCCGGAGGCGCUGGAGAAGCCCUGAGAGACGUGUCACAUUAAGAAGAGCCCCCCGGUGCUCUCCACACACACAUGAGCCCACCGCGGCCGCCACACUCACACACACCAGGGGCACGUCGGGGAACGUAGCCACGCAGAGGAGUGGAGUGGACUGGAUGACAAGAGGAGAGGAAAGUCACUCUUUCACUCAAAAGCCUAGAGAGAGGACCAAGAGGAUUACACCCUGAAAAGGAGUCCCCAAUCCCCUCGUGCCGCUCACCCCUGACCCCCGAAGCCAACAUGAGCAGCUGCAGGAAGAGGUGCAAGAGGGAAAUGUUUAAAUUCGCCCAGUACCUGUAUAAACUCGUCACGGGCACGCUCCAUGCAGACAGCGUGGAGGAUGAGUUGGAGCUUUCGGCCGUCCGCCAUCGCCCCGAGGGCCUGGAGCAACUGGAGGCACUGACCCGCUUCAACCGCAAGGAGCUGCAGAUCCUCUACCGAGGCUUCAAGAACGAGUGCCCUAGCGGUGUGGUCAAUGAAGACACCUUCAAAGUCAUCUACUCCCAGUUCUUCCCACAGGGAGACGCGUCGAUGUAUGCACAUUUUCUGUUCAACGCGUUUGACACGGAUAAAGAUGGAUCUGUGAGUUUUGAGGACUUUGUUAUAGGCCUCUCUAUCCUCCUCCGAGGCUCAGUCCAGGAGAAGCUCAACUGGGCCUUUAAUCUGUAUGAUAUUAAUAAGGAUGGAUGUAUUACUAAAGAGGAAAUGCUUGACAUCAUGAAGGCCAUCUAUGACAUGAUGGGGAAAUGCACAUAUCCCCUACUCAAAGACGAUACCCCUCGACAACACGUGGAGAUAUUUUUUCAGAAGAUGGAUAAAAAUAAGGAUGGUGUUGUAACCAUAGAAGAGUUUAUUGACUGCUGCCAAAAUGAUGAGAACAUCAUGAGAUCGAUGCAGCUCUUUGAAAAUGUAAUUUAACUCGUGGCUGACCUGGAGAGCUCUGGACUCGACUAUCAACAGACACCAACCAACAACCAGCUUGGCCGCAUACAGCGUUUUUGUACGCUGUUCAGGCAAACAUAUGGAAGUAUUGUCCAUUGAAAUGGACCACACAAAACAUACAGUAUAGAUGUAAUGGUAUGAAACAUUCUGGAAUAACUGUGUAAAAAAGCAUUGAUCUUUACAAUAUUUCCUUUUCAAUUUGAGUUUUGUGGUUUGAUUGAGUAGAUUGAAUGCUUCAAAUAUCCUGUGUACAAAGAUACAUGUAUCUUAACAGCUGUUCUGCAGUCACCAUAAAGUAUCUGCAGUACAGGAAUCCAGCAAACUGGGUUGUCACUAGUUAACACAGCCACAAAAUUAUAAACCCCGCCUAUUUCUAAAAUGUAUCUUCUUAAAAUUGUAUUUCAAACUGAACCUUAACCCUGAUUUUAAACCAAACCUUAAAUGAAAACCAAAAAGCACAUUUUUGUUUUUAUGAAUUUUUACGAUAGCCAAUUUUGCAUUUGUGGCUGUGUUAUCUAGUGGAAACCAGCAAAAUGCGUUAGCUUAUGCCACUGCCUUUGAACAGAUGGACAAUAAUGAGUCUGAAAGGUGAAAGUUUGUGUGAUGAAUAGUGACAUAACUGUUGCUAAAGUAGGCUCCAAAUUCCAGAAUGUUCCUUACCACUGAGGUUUUUCAGCCACCACGGUCCAUCCUUUGCUUUCCCAGGACCCAAAUAAAAUAGACUUAACAUUGUAAAUUUUUUAAAAAGGUGUAUAUACUCUAAUAAGAAUCUAUGUGGAAUUUUCAACUUUGUUCAUGGUUAUUUGCCAACUAGAAUGAGACGAUGCACUCCACGUUGAAUUCGAUGAUGAGUCGGGAUGGUGAAAAGUAUAAUUAGAAGCACACAGAUAGCUGUUACUUACCUUGAGUAUGCGAUCAGGAGAAACAGUUAUCUUGCCACAAGAUUAUGCUGCUUUUAAAUGUAUUUUAUUUGACUGUAUUCCACCAUGUGUCCUGUCGACAUGUUCCCAUUCAACUAUUUUGCAGGUUACACUAGUAUGUUGGAUUUUAAUUAUAUAGAUAUGAUAGAUAUGCUAGUCAAUGUACAAAGGGAUAGUCAGAUGGACAGUAUUAAGCAGAAGCUCACUCUUGGGGUGAAUUUAUGGUAUUUUUGUAUAUGUAUGUUUAUUACAUUUACGUCAUUUAGCAGACGCUCUUAUCCAGAGCGACUUACAAAUUGGUGCAUUCACCCUA